UCAGACAUAUGCCUAUCCCGGUACAAAGUCGUGGGGUAGACUAAAUGAUAACAUUUGAUACAAUUUGAUUAUAAAUAUAAAUUAAAUAAAAAGGUAUAAGUCAGCUUAUAGAGUCAUGUUGAGACAAUGUAUUGUGAAGGGUUUAACUUUAAGGACAAACAUAAUACAGAGUGACAGAAAAGUGUACAAAGAUGAAAAUUUGAUAGAAAGAAUGUAUGAAGGCAUGAAGUGAAAAGAGAAAUGGAUUAAAUCUAUAAUGGAAGAUGAGAACAGGAAGCGAGCAUUGCGCUACCUCAAUAUUACAGGAGCUAUCCAGGGCUUGCUUGGGGUGCUGUUGCUGGUACUGGGCCUCGUGUCGAGGUUGAAGCACGGGUCUUACACAGAGGGGGUACCUCCCUACUAUACAGGAGCUUUUGUAGUAAUGGGCACGGUUCUUCUACAAGCGGUGUUGGGACUGGCAGUUUUCAUUCGCGGAAAAGAUUGUGUAAACAAGUUAGAAGCAGCCGAAAAAAUAGGAUGUAUAAUGCAGACGUAUUGUUUGACGGCGAUCAUCAGCAACGUAGGAUAUCUCUCUGGUGCGCUAAUUGCCGGUUUCACUGGCGUUUGUUUGAACAGCGAGUGUUCUUACACCGAGACUGGAGAGAACCGUCGACUUGCUGUCACUGUUAUAGUGUUCAUAUGUGUCGGGGUUAUAACCAGUGCAAUCGGUUUGGCAAUAGUGUGCAAAUUUUCAUCAAGUUUCGGUUUAAAAAUGUUGUCACGAGGUCAAUAUCAAAUCUCUAAUUUAGUCGACAAUACAGACGAUGUGAUAGCUUACAUUGCAGCCGAACAAACGGUAGCGACUAAUGUAGAAGAGAAUCAGCAAUCUACUGAUCGUCAUCAUCACCAUGAACAUCUUCAUCAUCAUCCAGAUCCUAGACUGGCAUUUCCGGAACCAGAUUUUUCUGCACAUCAUUUACAGCAUUAUCUCACACAGCAAUACAGGGACAGAAUAAGAAAACGUCGAAGAAAGAAUAAAAAACGAAACAGAGAGAACAAUCCGGCGGAUGACACCCGUCGGCGGCGGCGAAACGAAAGGGAGGCUCCGUAUGUUUUACCUCCAGUGACAGGGCUAAAUUACCACCAUCAGACCAGGUCGCCAACACGAACCCCACCACCGCCGCCACCAAGUCCACCUCCUGCGCCGGUGCAUUACCCUCCACCGUCUCCAUCACUUCCCGGCACCACAUCACCGCCACAUUCAAGAAGAACACCACCUUUGACGCCGUCAGCGUUACCAUUGCCGGAUAUGAUACCACCAUCAACGUCACCACCCCCACAAUUUUCACAAACACCUUCACCACCGCCGCCGACGCCGCCAUUGAACUACCCUGAUGUUAUACACGUGAUUCCAUGCGGUGAAAUUCUUGAUGAAGAUCCUCCACCCUAUUCUCCGUAAAACAUCUCUGUGCAUCUUUUGCACAGCUUUUCACUUUCAAGUCAUAUGAAUGAAUGACGUCAAAAAUGAGCAGCCCUUGAAUAUGUCAAGAAAAAUGGGAAAGCUGCAACAGUCUGAACAUGUUGUUAAUGUACCCGCUUGUUUCCUGACAACAGUGCUCAUCUGCAUCUUGCUGUCCAGUACGUUUUCAGUUAUUUUGUUAGACAAUUACAUAUGCCAAAAAGAUAUUCACUUUCAAUGAAGUCAACGAGUCAAGGAUUUGAAAUGGAGUUUCGAAAUAGGUAAUUCGGCAUACGGGUAUAACAACAAUUUGCAUGGAAAAUUUGCUUAACUUUUUUUUAUCACAGCUAGAGUUUUACGAGGAAAAAAUAACUUUAGCCAGUAGCAGUUUAGGAAUCGAACAGGCAGAAAGUUUGGGCUCUGGCACAAAUGAAACAGUUAGGUUCCCGGUCGCAGCUUAAGUGUUCAGUGCUUUUAGUGAUUUACUUUAAUCGGAAUAUCGGCCUAGAUUUAGUAGAUGGGGAAAGUAAAUGUAUUAUGACAUCUGCCGUGGUCUCAACUUGAAAUGAAAUGUUGUUUCAUUUCAUCCAUUCAAGUGACUACCCACACUGAAUAACAAAUCUUUACCUUUAAUUAUGAUUACAUUUUCUAUUAAGAGAUCUGAUGUGUCAAUGAAUUUUGUUAAAUAAAAUUAACUUUAGCAAAGAGG